CGCCUGAGAGACAGUGGCGGCUCUAGCCGGCGGAUCGACCUGUUUGGUACGGAGCCGACGCAUUAGUCCUGCGCAAUAAGAGUACGGUGCCCGGGAGGCGCGACCAAAGCGGAAGUAGUUGUGGGCGCCUUUACAACGGCCGCGGACGCCGCCGAGAGGUCUGUGCGGGUUCGCGGGUCGCUGGCGGGGGUCGCAGAGGGGUGCGCCGAGAGCGGAGCGAUGGAGGGUGACGGCUCCGACCCAGAGCCUCCAGACGCUGGGGAGGACAGCAAGUCGGAGAACGGGGAGAACGCGCCCAUCUACUGCAUCUGCCGCAAACCAGACAUCAACUGCUUCAUGAUCGGGUGUGACAACUGCAAUGAGUGGUUCCAUGGGGACUGCAUCCGGAUCACUGAGAAGAUGGCCAAGGCCAUCCGGGAGUGGUACUGUCGGGAGUGCCGAGAGAAAGACCCCAAGCUGGAAAUCCGUUAUCGGCACAAGAAGUCACGGGAGCGGGACAGCAAUGAGCGAGACGGCAGUGAGCCCCGGGAUGAGGGUGGAGGGCGCAAGAGGCCUGCCCCGGAUCCAGACCUGCAGCGUCGGGCGGGGUCAGGGACAGGGGUUGGGGCGAUGCUUGCUCGGGGCUCUGCUUCGCCCCACAAAUCCUCUCCACAGCCCUUGGUGGCCACACCCAGCCAGCAUCACCACCAGCAGCAGCAGCAGCAGCAGCAGCAGCAGCAGCAGAUCAAACGGUCAGCCCGCAUGUGUGGCGAGUGUGAGGCCUGCCGACGCACCGAAGACUGUGGCCACUGUGACUUUUGUCGGGACAUGAAGAAGUUUGGGGGCCCCAACAAGAUCCGGCAGAAGUGCCGGCUGCGUCAGUGCCAGCUGCGGGCCCGGGAAUCGUACAAGUACUUCCCUUCCUCGCUCUCGCCAGUGACGCCCUCAGAGUCCCUGCCACGGCCUCGCAGGCCACUGCCCACCCAGCAGCAGCCACAGCCAUCACAGAAGCUGGGGCGCAUCCGUGAGGACGAGGGGGCAGUGGCAUCAUCAGCAGUCAAGGAGCCACCUGAGGCUACGGCUACACCUGAGCCACUCUCAGAUGAGGACCUACCACUGGAUCCUGAUCUGUACCAGGACUUCUGUGCAGGGGCCUUUGAUGACCAUGGCCUGCCCUGGAUGAGCGACACAGAGGAGUCUCCAUUCCUGGACCCUGCCUUACGGAAGAGAGCAGUGAAAGUGAAGCAUGUAAAGCGUCGGGAGAAGAAAUCCGAGAAGAAGAAGGAAGAGAGAUAUAAGCGGCAUCGGCAGAAACAGAAGCACAAGGACAAAUGGAAACACCCAGAGCGCGCCGACGCUAAGGAUCCUGCAUCACUACCGCAGUGCCUGGGACCUGGCUGUGUGCGCCCUGCCCAGCCCGGCUCCAAGUAUUGCUCAGAUGACUGUGGCAUGAAGCUGGCAGCCAACCGCAUCUACGAGAUCCUCCCCCAGCGCAUCCAGCAGUGGCAGCAGAGUCCCUGCAUUGCUGAGGAGCACGGGAAGAAGCUGCUGGAACGUAUUCGCCGUGAGCAGCAGAGUGCCCGUACCCGCCUUCAGGAGAUGGAGCGCCGAUUCCAUGAACUUGAGGCCAUCAUUCUUCGUGCCAAGCAGCAGGCUGUCCGUGAGGAUGAGGAGAGCAAUGAGGGGGACAGUGAUGACACGGACCUGCAGAUCUUCUGCGUCUCCUGCGGGCACCCUAUCAACCCACGUGUUGCCUUGCGCCACAUGGAGCGCUGCUAUGCCAAGUAUGAGAGCCAGACGUCCUUUGGGUCCAUGUACCCCACACGCAUUGAGGGAGCUACACGACUCUUCUGUGAUGUCUACAACCCUCAGAGCAAGACAUACUGUAAACGGCUCCAGGUGCUGUGCCCCGAGCACUCCCGGGACCCCAAAGUGCCAGCUGAUGAGGUAUGUGGGUGCCCUCUUGUACGUGAUGUCUUUGAGCUCACGGGUGACUUCUGCCGCCUGCCCAAACGCCAGUGUAACCGCCAUUACUGCUGGGAGAAGUUGCGGCGUGCUGAAGUGGACCUGGAGCGUGUGCGCGUGUGGUACAAGCUGGAUGAGCUGUUUGAGCAGGAACGCAACGUUCGCACAGCCAUGACUAACCGGGCAGGAUUACUGGCCCUAAUGCUGCACCAAACGAUCCAGCAUGACCCACUCACUACCGACCUGCGCUCCAGUGCUGACCGCUGAGCCUCACUGGCCCAGAAGUCCUCACGCCCUGCAUUCCAGGCCCGGGAGCUGCCCCGAAUCCCCCGUUUGUCUGUUCUGCCAUUCAUCUGUUUCUCCAAUGGUCCCUGAGUUUCUCCCUGUGCCCAUCCACCAUUUGACUACCCAGAUGCCGUUAUCAGAGGGUCUCAGGAUUUUCUUCUGUCCUUGUCUGUCCCUCUGUCUCUCCAUUCUCUGUGCCUGGGUGGGACUGUGGAGUUUGCUCACUGUUGCCUCCCCUCUCCCUGGUUUUGUUAAUAAAAUUUUGAAGAACCAACAGA